CCAGUCUGCCAGGCGACGAAGAAGAGGCAUUGGCCCCACUCGACGCAGUUUAAUCAGGCAGCGCUGCUGUUGACACCAUCGGGCGAACGAUUUCAGUCGGUGUCAGCAGGGAUGGUCCUGCUCCUUGCUCCCCAACUCCACCGACAUCAAAUCCUCCUCCUCACAUCCCCCCUUCUCCUCGUCACCCCCCUCCGAUUCCUCCCGCCUCUCCCCUGUCAGCCCUGACUCCUCCUCCCCGAAAAGGAAGGCUGAGUUUUGCGGGAGCCAUGGUGGACGUCAGUAAGUGGCCUCUGUUCUCUCUGCUGAGCGCUGAGGAGUUAGCCACGGUCCGACAGGCUUGUGUCUUUGGAACCUCCGCUAAUGAAGCCAUCUAUAUCACACAUGCAAAUGAGGUAUUUGUGUGUGGGGUGAACUGCAGUAGCUGCCUUGGCACAGGAGACAGUCUUAGCACCAUUGUGCCAAAGAAACUAGACUUCCUGCGAGGGAAGAAGGUAAUCAGCCUGAGCUAUGGUAGCGGACCGCACGUCCUAUUGGCAACUGAUGAUGGACAGCUGUUUGCUUGGGGGCACAAUGGUUACAGUCAGUUGGGUAAUGGGACUACCAACCAGGGCCUGUCCCCAGUGCUGGUCACCGCAAACCUGCAGAACAAGAAAGUGAAAGAGGUGGCGUGUGGCUCGCAUCACUCCAUGGCUCUCACUCAGGAUGGAGAGGUCUUUGCAUGGGGUUAUAAUAACUGUGGCCAGAUUGGUUCAGGCUCCACAGCCAACCAGCCCUACCCCCGGAAAGUCACCGGCUGCCUGCAGGGCAAGAAUGCGGUGGGCAUCACAUGCGGACAGACCUCCUCCAUGGCUCUGGUCGACAACGGAGAGGUUUAUGGCUGGGGCUACAAUGGUAAUGGACAGUUGGGUAUUGGUAACAAUGGAAACCAGCUGACGCCUUGCCGUCUAACUGCACUCCAAGGGCUGUGCAUUCAACAGAUUGUAUCAGGGUACAGCCACUGCCUGGCACUAACAGAUGAAGGGCUGAUGUAUGCCUGGGGAGCAAACACCUACGGUCAGUUGGGAACCGGCAACAAGAGCAACCACCUCAGCCCAGUACAAAUCAUGGCUGACAAAGAGAGGAUUGUAGAGGUCGCCGCCUGCCAUUCAACACAUACUUCGGCAGCCAAGAUGCAAAGCGGGCAGGUGUAUAUGUGGGGUCAGUGUAGGGGUCAGUCCAUCGUUUUGCCACACCUCACUCACUUCACCAACACGGAUGACGUCUUCGCCUGCUUCGCCACGCCCUCCGUCAUGUGGAGGCUCAUGUCAAUGGGUGAGAGAGCGGUCGUUGGUCUUCAGCAGUGUCAUAAUGUAUCCCGCUUUAUUCCAGAGCACGAUGAUUUCCUGACAGUUGCCGAGGCCCUGAGGAAAGAGUUUGACAGUCCAGAAACGGCUGACCUUAAAUUCAGUGUUGACGGCAAAUGCAUUCACGUUCACAAAGCUGUGCUGAAGAUCAGGUGUGAGCAUUUCCGAUCAAUGUUCCGCUCCCAAUGGACAGAGGAUCAGCAGGAGGUGAUAGAGAUUGGCCAGUUCUCUUACCCCGUCUACAGAUCCUUCCUGCAGUUUCUCUACACAGACACAGUUGACCUUCCACCUGAGGACGCCAUUGGCCUGUUGGACCUGGCCACCUCUUACUGCGAAAACCGUCUGAAACGUCUGUGUCAGCAAAUCAUCAAGAGAGGAAUCACUGUCGAAAAUGCCUUCACCCUGCUGUCUGCGGCCAUACGAUACGAUGCAGAGGACCUGGAAGAGUUUUGUUUCAGGUUUUGUGUCAACCAUCUGACUCAGGUGACUCAGACUGGAGCCUUCUGGCAGGUGGACGGAGCGAUGCUCAAGGAAUUUAUCAGCAGAGCUAGCCGUUGCGGAGCCUUCAAGAACUGAGUGGUACUCUUACAUUUUUACAAAGUAUAAACUAUAUUCUGACCAUGUGGAUGUGGUUGUGUUCCAAGUGUAGCAACAGCAUGGAACUGCUGUAAAAAUAUCAAUUCUGAUCACAGUGCUAAUAGAAAGCAAUUGCCCGGUUUUGAAAUGUUUAUUUACAUAAUUACUGAGGCACAUGUUCGCACAUAAGCAGCAUCAUUCACAAGAUGCUGGACUGGAAUUUAAGGUGAAAUCAGCACUUUGGCCAAUUCCUGUGGAGUCACUUGACAAACGCAUGACGCCUUUUCUGUCAAACUGAAUUGUAUUCCUUAGAUACUGUAUGUAUACUUGAGUUUUUGUUUCUUUUCUCGACCAGUGCUUGCAUGCACGGAACAUUCUUCCUUUAUUUUCUGGAGAAGUUAAUGUGGGAGACCAAAGACCUUGAAGGAAUACGGAACCAUUUAAAAGAACAGAGUCUGUAUCUUUGUUGGCUACCUGAAAAAGAUGCUUUGCUUAGAUAACUGACUUACCUUGGCCAGGACACUAGUACCACUGUACUGAAACACAUCUUUGAGUUACAUCUACUUUCCAUUUCUAUCAUUUUCAGUUUGCAGUCUUUGUGUUCCUGCAAAACUACCUAUUGGAUAUGUUGAACCUUUAAAUUUAACUUAAUUCUUUAAGAUACCGAGUUGACAGAGAAAAUCUGAGUCUCAUCCAGAGAUGUCAGCAUACACAGCUGAUCCAGAUCCCACCGUGGGUUGUUAUGGGACACUUGGUUUGUUUUUUUAAUUGUUUUCUAGCUUGGAUUCUGUAUAUAUUUGGAAGUUCAGAACCACCAUAUUUUAAAUUUUUAUAUUCAAGUCUGUUUUCUUUUGGUAAGUUUAUUCUGCCUGAUUUAAAUUUUUGCACUUUAAGAAACUACAGUUGCUUUUUUUCCUCCUAUUCAAUAAAACAGUAACAGUUUAAAUACUUUAAAACCCUGUGGAAGGGACGACUAGAAAACACCAGAAAUUUUACAAAAGCAACAAUAAAUAUUUGAGGCACCAUUACAUUACUAGCAGUUUUUUGGGCCUCUCAUUGCAAGUGUAAAAGUAAAAUGAUCUGAGGUAGAUGGUAUGUUGCAGAAGGUUUAUAUUCUGAAAAUAAUUUUAUAUUUCCUUAUUACUCUGGGACCUCCGACAAACUGACCCAAGGUGACUGUUCAUCUGUUUAUGUUUGCUAAUGUUUAGGGGCAAAUGCAAACUUAGUAAGACCAAAAUGAUUCCUUAAUAAUUCCUUGGUAAUUUGUCGCAUUUUCCAUAGUUUCUUUCCUAGUUAAAGUGAGAAUGCACUGGACUGAACUUGCACAAGACACUGUAAGCUAAAGCAAUAUUAACACUUUGAAAUGCUCUGUACAAAUAAGUGUGAUUUUUGUUAAUGUUCUAUUUGCUUGGGUGUAAGAUUACCAAAAGAACUGCCUGGAGGUCUUAGUUUUUACUCUCUGCUGGGUGUUGGGAAGUAUCUGUGCUGCUGCUGGAAAAUGUUUCAGAGUAGAUAAAGAGAGAGCGAGUUUCAUUGACCAGGUAAGCUGGCAGCAAGACCGGUGAGAUCAGUUUCAGUUUCCUCUCUUAGGUUUCUAUUUCUUGAUGCGCUCAGAUGCUUGAUAGAAGAAUUUUAAUUUGGUUUGAACUUGAGUUGAACAUCUGUGUAUUAUUAAAGCACAUAAAACAGUUACAGAUGCAUUGAGCUUAGGUUUCUGUUUUAGUGGAAUGAGGCAGCAGGUUUACAGAUUUUUUUUUUUAUAUGAAAAAGGACAAGCAAACUGGAAAAAAUAAAGAUGGUUUUACUUACUGUAUUAAGAUAAAAAUAUAUUUUUGUUAUGCUUUCUUAAGCUUUUAUUCACUGAAGAAAAGUUUAUAAAACUCAUGGGAACAUGCUUAAAAUCAAUUUAUAGCGUUUCAAUGUUGCAAUUUAUAUUACUUUUCCUUUGCUGUUACAUAUCGGGGGCAUGUUAUUUUACUUUGUUUUUUAUAUUCAGUUGUGG